CUGCAUUUCCAGAUCUGAUUUUUUUUUUUUUUUUCCCCACCGGUUCGAGUCCGAAACAUGCAUCCGAUCCAAAAGUGCUGGGGUUAAAACCAAAAAUACGCUUUGUUUUGAACAUGAAUAAAAUAGGUCAGGAUGUAAAAAAUCCAAAGCGUGUUUUUAGCCGAAGUGCGCGCCGCUCGGAGCCUGCAGCGGCACCCAGAAGUGAACAAAGCGACCCGGAAGCGGUGGUCCGACUGGAGGCAGGCAGAAAGAACAUCAAGCUUUUAUAUUAUAGCUCUACUCGCAAGACAAUAUCUGCAAUCGGGACGUAAGGAUGGCAGAGCCUCGAUUUAACAACCCAUACUUCUGGCCUCCACCCCCAUCCAUGCCAGGCCAGCUGGAUAACCUGGUGCUCAUUAACAAGAUCAAGGAGCAGCUGAUGGCCGAGAAGAUCCGACCUCUGCACCUGCCGCCUACCUCCACCCCCUCCCAGCAGCCCUUGCUGGUGCCCUCCUCGUCCCCGGACGGUGGCGCACAGCACGGCAUGUCGGUGCCAAAGCCUCAGCAGGUUCCCGGUCACCACCCUCAGCCGCAGGGGUCCGGACAGCCCGACAUCGCUCUACAUGCCCGGCCUGCCUCCAGCUCUGGACCAGGUACAGCACCAACCAGAGGGAUGCUGAUUUUACAAGAUGGGAACAUGGAUGACAAGACAGCAGUGAAGGCCAAAGGAUUAUGGGAAGACUGGCACAUGCGGCAGCUCAGCGAGCAAUCUGGCCGGAUCAACCAUCGCUCAGGUCUGGCUCCUUCAUCCCGACCCGACAGCCACAGCACCUCAGAGGCCCUGACCCCCACGACCCCCACCUCCAGCAGCCAGAACCGCCUAGGUGGCGCCCCCUCUGUGAACAUCAUUUCUGGGCUGGCCAGCGGUCCGGGCAUGGACCACAUGAAGGCCGGAGGACUGGCGGGACUGCUGGGACCCCCACCCAAAGCCCCCAGAGGACGGAAGAAGAUCAAGGCUGAAAACCCAACAGGUCCUCUGCUGGUAGUGCCCUACCCCAUCCUCGCCGACCAAGGCUGUGUCACCGUUGCACCCAAAGAAGGAAAAACCUACAGAUGUAAAGUGUGCCCGCUCACCUUCUUAACCAAGUCAGAAAUGCAGAUUCACUCCAAGUCCCACACGGAGGCCAAACCCCACAAAUGUCCUCACUGCUCCAAGACGUUCGCCAACGCCUCCUACCUGUCGCAGCACCUGCGCAUCCACCUCGGGAUCAAACCCUACCACUGCUCCUACUGCGAGAACUCGUUCCGCCAGCUGUCACACCUGCAGCAGCACACCAGAAUCCAUACUGGGGAUAGGCCUUAUAAAUGUGCUCAUCCCGGAUGUGAAAAGGCUUUUACUCAGCUGUCAAAUCUCCAGUCUCACCAGAGGCAGCACAAUAAAGACAAGCCGUAUAAAUGUCCAAACUGCUACCGUGCCUACUCAGACUCAGCAUCGUUGCAGAUCCACUUGUCAGCGCAUGCCAUUAAAAACGCUAAGGCCUACUGCUGUAGCAUGUGUGGCCGGGCAUACACCUCAGAAACCUACCUUAUGAAGCACAUGUCCAAACACACGGUGGUGGAGCACCUAGUGAACCACCAGUCGCCGCAGAGGACCGAGUCCCCCAGCCUCCCCAUACGCAUCUCCCUCAUCUGAGCGUCUCCUGCAGGAUCCGGAGUCUGUGCGCCAGGCCCUGCACCCUCGGCCAUCUACAUAAGGCUUACAUUAGCAUUAUGACAGCUGACAUGAGCAUUCAGUGUUAGAUUCAGAAAAAAACAGGCUGCCUCCAUCCGUCUUGACCCAGGUCGUCUGUGAAAAACGAGCACAGCAUUAUUUUGUGAAUGUAACGAUAGCGGCUAGAUGUUGCCCGGAGGAUCGAGCGGCGAAGAAUGUCUUGCGUCAGAUUUAAUAAGCACUUUCGUAAGCGUCAUGUAAACCGCCGAAUGCAUUGGCCAUGACUAAUGUUUUAGUUUAGUUUUUUUUUUUUCUCUCUCUCUCUUCCAUUAAAUGGGUUUCCAAAAUGUGCCAGAUGAUAUUUGCCCUUAAAAAAAACAAUUAAGGAAGUAGAAAAAAAAAAAAAAAAAAAACAAAAAAAAAAAACAAUGGUUUGUUGGGUGUAUUCUGGAGACAUCCAAAGAUAAUCUUAAAGCACUUUUAGGCCUCGUGGUUUUGGCUCAAAUUGUUUCAAUCUUGUCGGAUGAAAAUAAAUGCCAAAGGGCAUUACGUGGCAGCUAAGAGGACUCGCUGACUGUGUGUAAAAACGGCAGUCGUUUCUGUUACAUUCGUCGCAUUUUUGUGCACGCUCACAUUUACAGGGUCGUCUAAAUUCUAAAGAAAGGCAAUCGGUAGAUGACAAUUUUAACCAUUUGAUGAUUGUAUUCGAGGAGAUGGAAAAAAUAGCAAGUCGAAAGAAAAGAAAGAAAGAAAGGAAGGAAGGAAAGAUGAAUGUUUGUUCCCCAAAAUCUUUCACUCCAUGUUUGUUUAUUCACUUUUUAUGGCACCUUUACGAUCAUAACAUACAGUAUGAUCAAAAAAAUAAAAGAAAAAACACUGCUUUUACAUGAAAUUUUCCUCACGUCUCAUGAACUAGUGCCAUAUACGAACCUCGCCGAGGUUUCAAGAGAAAGAAAAUCUUGCGAAAACGUGCGUCCGCUUUCUCUAUUUAGUUAAGCUUUGACUAUUAUUUGAAGUAUCAGAGGCUUAAGUUGCAGCGUUUCGUACACACUGCACACGUCGUCGCGCUCUUUUACUCUCUACGCUCUAGUUUUAAUACACUUCAGCCGCAAAAAGCAAUCUCACUCAUAUUAAACCUACAGUAACCAUUGGACCAAAAUGUGAAGUUAUUGUACAGCUAUUCUGAUCCCGGUUAAGUAUUUUUUUAAAAACUUUAAUAAGCUUUACCCGUUUGGAAUAAACUGCAGUAUAAGUCAUGUUCCAUAGGCCUAUAUUAUGAGUUAAUAAAGGAGGUGAUGCUUUCUCCUUUUUUUUUCUCCUUAGCAUUCUUUUUAUUGUACACAGUAUUUGUUUGUUGUAUUUUUACUGUAACUUUAACCUCUGGAUGGUACUAAUAGGGUACCCUGUAUUCUUCAGGGCACUUGUGAAAAGGUGCUACGGCUAGACGUCAAGAUGGAACUGAGAAUAAUGUAAAAUACAUAUACAGUAUAUAGUAUGUUUUCAAAAGAAUAAAAACUUAUUACUCAAGCCACUGGCCUGAAAAAAAAAACAGACAUUUUACGCCAACAACAGACCCUGCCUCUUCAAACGUACUCUCUCUUUUUGAGAUAAUGGGAAAAAUGUACAUGUUGCUGUACUGUAAAACAUGUCGCUCAUUUAUAGUACCUAUUUCUAAGUUUUCAUAAACAUGUUUUUGUUUGGGUUUUGUAAAAGUUUAUGUAACUUACUGUAAUUAUUUUAGUCUACCCGUAUGUUAUUAAUAUUCAUGUUUUAUAUCAGUUAUUUACAUGUAAGCCUUAACUGUUUUAUCAUCCCAUUUCCAUUACUCUGUAUUGUGUUCUGCAGUAUUCAGUCGUGUAAACACUCUUUAUUUUUAUUUUUCCUUCCGCAUGGAGUUCCUGAGCUGUAAUCUGUAUGAUAACUGUUUAACCCAUGUUCUCUAUGAAAAAGGUAUUGCGUAGAUUUAUUACACUUUUUCCCUGUCUUGCAUUGUGGUUUCAUAUACAGUUUCUAGACGACUAAAUAUGCACAGCCAAGACUGAGAAACUAAACUAAGGAUAUCAAUGUUUAAAAAAGGAAAAAAAGCUUUGUAUCUUUACCUUGUUUAAUAAACAGACUGUUAUAAACUCAA